AUGGGCAGAGCCGACGACGACGCCGACGACAACGACUUUGCAGGCUUCGUUCGUCAGCCUCCAUUCGACCAAGAGCGUAUCGAGAUCGAGGUGGAGACGUCGUGGUUCGACGCCACUGGAACUCCCUUCCGUGGCGACCGCUCUGUUUACAGCGAGAAAAACGAGCUCUUCCGUCCCGAUGCAAACUCGGACGGAAUUGUAGGUUAG